GUGUGUUCUCUGGAGAUCGACCAAGAAGGGAAAGCAAGGGGGAAACCCUAAAUUCUGCAAAUUAGCUAAAUUGAAAGGGAAUUCAAGGCCAAAUCACAUGCAUGAACUCGAAACCUUAACCAUCUAAGCUAGUACAACAAGCGGCGUUAAGGAAGAAAGUUCGAGUCAAGUGAAGCAACAAGGGGAUCAAGACCGAGAUGACGGAUACGAAUGAGGAUGAAGCCACGCAACAAGAGCGACUGAAAACUAUGAUCUCGGAAGAGAUUGGAAGGGCAAUGCAAGCAAGUAUUCCUCAUUUAGCCCAAGAAGUAGAAGGUCAUGUGCUGGAAGUGGUAGAAACAAUGAUGGCGGGUAAGAUGGAAGAGUUGAAGGGAAUGAUUAGCGAAGUGCAAGAAAAGAAAGGAACUCGCAAAUGCACAUACAAAGAAUUUAUGGCGUGCAACCCGUUACCGUUCAAAGGAGAAAUUGAUCCUAUAGCAUGCCAAAGGUGGAUUGCAAGUACUGAAGCGGUGUUCAUAAGGAGUCAUUGUGAGAAGAAGGAUCAAGUGAUGUUCGCCACCGGUUUGCUACAACUCCGAGCUAAAGAUUGGUGGGAUGUUUAUAGUAAAGAGAUUGGGGAAGAAAAAGUUCAAGUCUUGACAUGGCAAGAGUUCAAGGAACCUUUUCUAAAGUACCACAGUCCGCAAUCUGCCAUUGACAAGAUCCAAGAAGAUUUCUUACAUCUUUGUCAGAAAGAUGAAACCAUUGAUGAAAUCACCAACGUGUUCCUUGACAAGCUGAAGUUCUGUAAAGAUAUAGCAGGAACGGAAAGAAUGAAGAUAAACCGUUAUUACGGUAUGUUGAAGGCUGAAUAUCGGGAGUUCAUAAUUCCCGCUAAAUGUGAAACUUUGAAUGAGCUCAUUGACUUGGCCCGAGAUAGGGAGAUUGAAAUAAGAAGACAAGCAGAAAGAGGCGAAAAGAGAGUAUCUGAAAAUGUUUCCAGCUCGAGCCCUUCAAAGAAACCAAAAUUUCAAGAUCAAAGCAAGAAGGAUAAGGCGAAGGGUAGUGUUCCGAAAUGCAAAACGUGUGGAAAGUUACACACGGGGGAGUGUUUGAAAGGGAAGAAGGGCUGUUACAAUUGUGGUCAAGAGGGGCACCCAUACUAUAGGUGUCCUAAUCCUUCAAGAACGUGUUACAACUGUUUCCAACCGGGUCAUAUUAAGGCUGAGUGUCCCAAGCUUCAACAGAAAACCGAUAAGGAAGCAAGAAAGGAGGAAGCCCCAAGAGCUAAGGGGAGGAUGUUUCAGAUCACAACCAAGGAAGCGAAGGACCACCCGAAUGUUGUAUCAGGUAUAUUCUCAUUGAACUCGAUGCCUACGUACGUGUUAUUUGAUACCUGUAGAUCGUUUGUAUCAAGUGAAUUAGUGUCACACCCCUCCUUUAAAAUCGAAAGACUGCAUGUACCAUUAGAAGUAGAAAUAGCCGAUAGUAAGAGUUAUUUGUUGCACGAAGUUUGUAGAGAUUGUGAAAUAAUCAUUGAAGACGAGAAGUUUGCCAUUGACCUUAUUCCCAUGAUAUUGGGGGAAUUUAAGGUUAUAGUUGGCAUGGAUUGGCUAGCUAAACAUCAGGCCGAAAUUCAAUGUGAGAAGAAGGUAAUUCAUGUGUUAACAUCGGAAGGAAAACGAGUAAGCAUACAAGGGGAAAGGAAUAUCAACUUGAAGCUUUGUUCUAUAGUCCAAGCAUACAAGUACGUACGAAAUGGAAGCAAGGCAUUUCUAACUUACGUGGUGGAUACUAAGCAGAAUACCCCUAAGAUAGAAGAGGUUGAAGUCGUGAACGAGUUUCUUGAUGUUUUUCCGGAAGAUUUACCGGGGCUUCCACCAGAACGCGAAGUGGAUUUCAAGAUUAAAUUGUACCCUGAUGCCAAACCCGUAGCCAAGGCCCCUUAUAGGUUGGCCCCAACUGAAAUGCGGGAGUUAAUGGUACAAAUGCAAGAAUUACUCGACAAGGUAGACCCGUCAAAGGUGGAAGCCGUUAUGAAGUGGGUACCUCCCAAGAACCCAAGUGAAGUAAGAAGCUUUUUGGGUUUAGCAGGCUAUUAUAGGAGGUUUAUCCAAGACUUUUCUAAAUUGGCCUUGCCGUUGACCAAGUUAACCAAGAAGGAUGAGAAGUUUUCAUGGGGUGCAGAUCAAGAAAGGGCGUUUCAAACCUUGAAAGAAAAGCUGUCGAGUUCCCCGGUACUAACCUUACCAGAUGGAACGGAAGACUUGGUGGUGUUUACGGAUGCGUCACACCAAGGGUUGGGAUGUGUUUUGAUGCAAAGGGGUAGAGUCAUUGCCUAUGCUUCUAGGCAAUUGAAGACACACGAAAGUAAUUACCCAACCCAUGAUUUGGAGUUAGCUGCAGUAGUAUUUGCUUUGAAGAUAUGGAGGCACUAUCUUUACGGUACGAAAAGCCUAACGUAG